AUGCCAGAGAUGGAAAAUCGGCUCCAAGCAGUGAGCGACGCGCUAGCGCCUGCUACGCGCACGGCAAGUCUGCUGCCAGGCGCGACGGACCUGGAUUUCCACAGCUCAAUUGAUCCUGUGUUUAAAAAAUCCUUGCGACGUGUCACGGAGGAGCUCGAGGCGUUGGUCGAUCAGAUGGCUGCGUGGGUCGACGCGGAUGUCACUGGGGAGCGUGCCAAGAUGGACGAUAUGCUUGUGCCUGCGCGGUUUGCGAGUACCGUGGGCGAGACGGUGGACCGUCUGCUGGAGCAGACAGAUCUCUAUUUGGAUGAGUACAGCGGGCGGCGGCCGCUCCCAUCGACGUCGAAAGGCGAGGCAAGUGGGGCCUCGUUGGCGGCGGCAGCGGCGGCGGCGGUGACACAAGACACUUUUCCCAAAGGCAAAUUGCCGCGGCACAUUCUCAAUGCCCAAAUCCCGCGUCCUCAAGAUACAUUCACGACGAAGCCGGACAAUAGCGAGAGUGCGUCGUGGACACGACCGUUGCGCCUUGGCAAGCCCAAUGCGCAAGUCCCGCUCGGCUGGAAAGACGAUGCAUGGGAUGUGGCGCCGGAUGCGCGUGUUGAGGGCCAGUAUGGCGUAGAAGGCGACGCGCGUCUGAAUCCGUACCACUAUGAAAUUCACAAAACGCCUGUGCCCAGCACGGCGCUGGAGAAGCCGCAGCCAACGGAGCCGAAGCCCUUAGACUUGGACGAUCCUAGCUCGUCAGCGCCAUGCCCAUAUGUGUGGGUCGAUACAGAGGCGAAACUACGUGACCUGAAAGCGCACUUGGAUGAAGAGCGUGUGCACGAGAUCGCCAUUGAUUUGGAGCAUCACAGUCUGCGGUCGUACGCAGGCAUUGUAUGCCUGAUGCAGAUCAGUACGCGAUGGGCCGACUGGAUUGUAGAUACCCUCGUGGACGAAGUGCGUGAGCAUGCGGAAAUACUCAACACGGCGUUCACGCAUCCUGACAAGGUCCUUAUUCUCCAUGGCGCUGAUCAUGAUGUGCUGUGGCUGCAACGUGACUUGGGUCUGUACGUGACGAACCUCUUCGAUACGUACCAAGCGUCGAAGCAAUUGCAGCUCAGCACGCUGAGCUUGGCGUACCUGCUACUGCGGUACGUCGACUUUGAGGCGGACAAGCGAUUCCAAACGGCCGAUUGGCGUAUUCGUCCCUUGCCGCGUGAGAUGCUGUUUUAUGCGCGGAGCGAUACGCAUUUUCUGCUGUAUGUGUACGACCGUUUGCGAUGCGAGCUACAGACGCAAGGCGGCGCGUACUCGAUUCGCGAGGUGUUUGAGAAAAGCAAGGCGACUGCCACGAAGGUGUAUGCGAAGGCACCAUGGGACGCUACCGGCGAGUCACGCAGUGGAUGGCGCUCGCUGUGGCACCGACUGGGCGGCGACUUGGCGCAGGCGUCACGGGAUGCGCCACCGGGCGCACCGCUCGGUCGCGAAGAGCGGCUGGUGCGUCGCUUGCAUCAAUGGCGCGACCAAGUGGCACGCGAAGAAGAUGAGAGCCCGGCGUAUGUCCUGCCGCCACCUUCCUUGCUGAGUGUCGCACUUCGGCCGCCAGAGACCGUGCAAGAAGCCAGCGCGCGAGUGCCCAAGACAUUGCAGCAUGUGCGUUCGCGGCUGGCCGAGUUGGUCCAUGUGAUCAAGAACGAGCUCACCCUGCAUCGGCAUGAGGCGGAAGCGCGUGCGAAUGCGGCGGGGGGCAGCAUGGAGAUCGCCGACGCUGAGGAUGUAGGACAGGCCGUCGUGGUGCCAGCGUCGACCUCAACGACGCGGGCCGUGCCGGCGCCGGUGCCAGCAGCGGUACAGCAUGGCCGAUGGCUUCCGUCGGACCGCCUGCCAUUGCAAACGGACGUGUGGCAGAGUGUCCCUUCGUCAGCGACGCCUACGUCGCAACUGCUGCGUGGACUUUCGACACAAGCUGCGCCGCGGAAACGUACGUCGCUCUUUGAGAUGCCCAGCACGUCGAAAGCACCCCCGGCAGAGAGCACAUUGCAGCGUAUUCGCACCGAGUGCCUCCAUUGGCUACAUGGAUGGCUGGGCUCAUCGACAAACGAGCAUACACCGACUACGGAGCCGACAUGGGAGGCUCACAAGGCCCAGUCGUCGCCGGACGGCGCAGCGCCGGCGAUAGACGACGCUCGUGCGCCUUCACGGAAGGACGGCGACGACGAUGAUGACGGCGACGGCGACGACGACGACCAGGAGACUGAUCGCAUAGUGCAAGUCAAGAAACAGGCGAAAGCGCCACGACCACCCGCCCAAGGGAAGCGGAAGCAUCCGACGCCGGACGCCUUUGACUUUGAGAAUGCCACAUCCGUGCUCGAUGCGCCACGGACAAGUGUAGCCAAGUCGCUCCUGCGUGCGUCGUCCUCGUCGCAGAGCAGGGCGCAUAUGAUGGGCCCGUCGACCAAGAAAGCCAAACGCAAGAGCGAUGCGCGGAGCGGCAAUCGCAGUGGCACAUUUGCGUCGUCGUCGUCGUCCCAUCGGCAUACCAAGUAG